AUGUCUCCCGAUGCCACCAAGGCAAUCAACGACCCUCGUAAUAAUUCGCUAAAAUUUCCUCCCAUGUAUCAUCAGGAAAAAGCACCAAGCCGCCAGAGCCGAGAGCCUACACCUGAGCGCGCAGUGAGCCAACCAGAGGUUUUAGAGGAAUUUUACCAAGAGGGUCUGCAGUUGACGUUUAACAAUACACUCGCAGGAAACAAGGGCUUUUGUCUUGGGACGAAUGCAAAUAAAUGUGACAUUAUCUUACCAGAUCAACAACGACAACACCCUGUCAGCGGGUGGCAUUGUUACUUGACCUUUAACAACCAAAAUCAUCUAAUCCUCCGAGACAAAUCCCGCCACGGAACCACCGUGCUCUAUGACGGGAAAGGAGGAGAAAAGCGCCGCAAUUUCACGUGGAUACUUGGUGGACAUUCAGUUCUCAAUGAGAUAAAGGAGGUAAUCAUUCACAUCCACCAACAGCUCCAAUUCAGGAUCUUCGUUUUCAAGCCCCAGCACCCGGAGGACCUUUCCAGGUACAUUGAUAAUGUCGAGCAAUUUCGCUCGAAGGUAGCCACAUCGGGUGAACCGAGUAUCGGUGAAUUGGGGUUGCAAAGCAAAAAUACAACGGCACCUGUUAGCGGGGCACACUCUCCGCGCGAAGGCCCCAUCUUCCUUGAGCGAAAGAUAGUCGGCUCCGGCAGCUUCGGAGUUGUAACUCAUCGGUGGGACGUGAGCACCGGCGUUGAAUAUGCCUGUAAAAUGCCUCAUGAUACUCUUGACCGUGAACAGCGGCUGUUGUGGGAGAAGGAGAUCCGUAUUAUGGGCCGAGUCAAGCAUGAAAAUAUUGUGAAGUUUUAUCCUCAGAUGGGGGGCACGGAACCUUGCUUGUAUUUGGAUUAUCUUCCGCGAGGGAACCUUAGAAUGGAGCAUCUGGAGAACCCCUUUUCUUACAACGAAACGUUGAUGAUCCUGUCCCAAUGUCUAUCAGCUUUGAAAUAUCUCCACGAGAAAAACCCUCCAGUCGCACAUCGUGAUCUAAAGCCAGCAAAUAUCCUUGUCCGCGAACGCAAUCCGCUUCAUGUCCAGCUCGCGGACUUUGGUUUAGCAAAAGAAGGGACUUCUCUGAGGAGCCGUGUUGGUACAGAAUGCUAUGUUCCCCCUGAAUACUUCAUUGCUAGUAAGCCGGGGGAAAAGUAUAGCGUGAAAAUUGAUAUAUGGUCCCUUGGUGUUGUUGCUCUUGAUCUCACGCAUGGCUUGCCCACAAACACGCUCAACGGAAUACCUUGGUGUAAAACUAUCAUUGAUAGAGUCAACAAAUACCAGAGUGAAGGUCCAAUGCAGUUCUUAGCGACCCACAUGUUGGUCCUCAAACCAGAAGAUCGAUCGGCUGCAGACAUCUGUUUGAAGGCGGUCGAACAGCUCCGUGUUCCCUCCCGAGAUGGGAGUAGAACCCCGACUCAAGCUUCGUUCGCCGAGGAAAAUUUCAGCAGAGAACGGCCGUCCUCUCCAGAUAACGCGAUAUCGGGCUUCUCCUCUGACAGGAUCAAUGCCUAUAUCAGUACCAACAUCCAUAUUCCAGAAUCGCGAAAGAGAUCAACCCAGUCACGGUCAUCGUCGGGUACGUAUCCCACCAAGCCGUCCAAGCGUCUUGCACAGAAGGCGAAUCACAACAAUCAUGCGGAGCAAAAUGAUUCUGAGUUCAUUCUUUUCCAUCGCGAAUGGUUGCAAGAUUCCAAAUGCGUUGGAUCUGAAGUUGCUGAGAUGGGCCGAGAAGACCCACCUGGCUGGAACAGUACCAGCGAUGGUAACUCGACGAUCAAGAACAUUUCCGAGAACCGAAGUACGCGGCCAAAUGUGGGUGAACAGUUCAAUGAUCCCGAACGCCCCUGCUCAGAUAGAGAAAAAGAACUCGCGCGUCUACUGCAAAGAGAUAAAAAUUAA